GUGACAGCUGCAGCCGCAGCAGCAGCACGCUCCUGUGACGGUCCGGCUUUAACAUGAUUCUGGAGGCCUGGUACAUGGAUGAAUCCGAGGAGGACCAGAGGAAGCCGCACAGGCUGGACCCGAACCAGCCGGUGAGCUUGGAGCGGCUGAAGGAACUCGGAGUGUUUUACUGGCAGCUGAAUGCUGACAUCUAUGAAACGGACCCGGAGCUGCAGCAGAUCCGCAAGGACCAGGGCUACUCCUACAUGGACAUCAUCACAAUCCACAAGGACACUCUGCCCAACUACGAGGAGAAGCUGAAGAUGUUCUUCGAGGAACACCUCCACCUGGAUGAUGAGAUCCGCUACAUCCUGGACGGCCAAGCCUACUUCGAUGUCCGGGACAAGGAGGACCGAUGGAUCCGGAUUGCCAUGAGGAAGGGGGACUUGAUCACGCUGCCGGCGGGCAUCUACCACCGCUUCACGCUGGAUGAGACGAACUACACUAAGGCCAUGCGGCUGUUUGUGGGCGAGCCGGUGUGGAAGGCUUACAACCGCCCUGCUGACGACUUUGAUAUCCGUCAGAAGUACGUGGCGUCCCUGCAGGGAUCCUGAAAGCAACGCACCUCAGUCAGAGCCUCUGAGGAAAAGACUGUCCAAUCAGAGCAGAGAAAGCUAAUGUGGAUGAUGAGUAAAUGAUGUAGCACUAACACAGUAUAGUAUUAGUCAUCAUGUUUCAUGUUUAAUUUACUUUUCUGCUUCUUAGAGAAAAAUAUUUUACUGUGAUGAACAAUCAAACUUAAACUUUACCUACAGAACCUGCACAAUCAGCACAACAUUAAAACCAGAGCAGCACCACCCUGACGUCACCCACAGGUAAAAGUCCUGUUAUGAAGCCUUGAGAUGAGCGAGGGGCCAAACUGAGCCACUCAUGAGCCAGUGAGCUCAUCCCGACUCCUUUUUGACUCUUAGGAUGAGCAGUUUUACUAAAUCAACCUCACAUUUUUUCACAUGAGCUGAAAUUAGAAACAGAGACCAUAAAGUCAUCAGGUAAUGCAGUGGGGGUAGUGACCCCCUGCUGGCCGUGUGAAAGAAGACACCUCAGCAUCCAGGACUCUGGAUCAGAGGUUGGGAAUCUCUGUUUAAACUGCUCCCCUAGAGACCCGAAUAUGGAUUAGAGGAAACCAGGAGGCUCCACCCAGAGGUCCUAGGUUCAUGCAGUGAGAGGGUGGAACAGGUUUGGGGUUUUAAUGUUGUGGCUGAGUACGGUCAGGUGAGAAUGGUGCACUGAGAACUUCCCAGAACAUCCAAAGUAGAGCUGAAGUUACCUUCACGUCAGAAAGCAGCUCUCAGGUCCAGCAUCAGGACCGAAUCUCCGUUCUCAUGUUCAUUCAGGAUCUCUGAUUGGUCAGAAAUCAGGAUGAGCUCAUUAGUGCCUUAUUCUCUGAAAUGAGACCCAGCUAA